AACAUAAGCACUGCAAAAAGUCAGCCUAGACUUUGUAGAUCACAGAAGUGGCUCCCAGACUACCAUUUGAAAACUCCUGCCUGAAUGGCUAAGGAAAACAUCCUCCUAAAGGGCAUCUUUAUAUCUAUACAGAAUUUUUAUAGUGCCUUAAUAAUCUCCAGAGCACAGUUUAGACGUCUGAACCUUAGAAUCAACAUUGUAACUCUCCUGGUUUUAUUCACCCAGGCUAUAGGGACUGAUAAUCAUAGUGUUACUUUGGAUAAUCUUUCAUUUUAGUACUAAAUGAUUAGGUUUGCAAAAUCUGGAUAUUCUUAUGAGAAUGUGGUUAUUGCCUGGGCGAUGGAAAGAGGGAGUGGAGAGUGCAGGGCGGGGUAAAGGUAUAGGUAAAGGUAUGCAAAAAUUCAUGCUUGACUCAAAUACUCGAAAUCUUCCAGUGAAGUCAUGACACUUGUAAAAUGUGAAAAGCAAAACAACCAGGUUGUAGAGAUGACCUAAAUAAAGGGCAAAGGUCUUGAUGUUCCAGAAAUUACAGGAAAAGGUUAAAGGAAGUACAUUGUGGAGAAUAUAAGAAAAUGACUAGAUUUGAAAUUCAUGCACAAGAUCAGGCUGUUUGCUGGGUAGUGGGUGUAACUCAGGAUAGUGGGUGUAACUCAGGAGUGGAACAAUUGAUUAAAGAAACAAAACUGUCUGCAGUUUCCCAAGGCUGGAAACAUUUCCUGUCUUGGGUGUUUGGAUCUGUCUCAGUACCCAAACAGCUUUACUUCAAAGUGUUUGUGGGCACAGAAAGGAGGAUUGGCUGAGCAUGUUUUGCAUUGCUGGGUGGGGGAAGUGAAAGGGAGAGUGGGUUUAGGAAGUAAGUCUGGGUUUAAGAGCAUGUGCACCAUCAGGAGAUAACAAUUUUUCUGCAGAUCAGCAGCCAGAGAACUGCUCACAGAGGGAAACCCUGGGAGGUAAGAACUUGGGGAGGACUCAAGACUAUUUGAAGCUACUUAGGUUUAUAGGCAAAAUGAAGGCGAAUCUGGUGCAGGUCUUUUUCAUGCUGCUGCUGCUGCUGCUGGGCCUGGGAGUGGGCCUGGGCCUGGGGCUUCAGAUGGCCGCAGCAGUCCUGGAGGACAGUGAUCAGCCGCUGAAUGAAUUUUGGUCCAGCGACUCACAGGAUGAAGCUAAAGCCACUGAGAGGGAGGGUACCCGAACCACAGAAACCCUGGUGCUUAGCAACAAAGGAGUGGUGCAACCUGUCUGGUCAGAAGAGACCAUCCUCGGUGAAGAUGAGGUUGGAGGAAACAAGCUGCUCAGAGCUGAGGCUCCUUCACAGAGCAAGAAAGACUAUCUUCAGCUUGACCUCACAGCUAGGGAAUGCAAUACCAUGAUGGCAGACAAGAUGAAGGAGCACAAUCAGACUUGCAUAAAUGAGUACACAUUCAUCCAUGAGGAACUCCAAACGGUCAAAGCUGUCUGUAACAGCCCUGUUGUUGCCUGUGAGCUCAAGGGGGGCAAAUGUCACAAAAGCUCCAAACCUUUUGAUCUGACAUUCUGUAAGUUGUCCAAAGCAGGCCAAGUCACUCCUAACUGCAGCUACCUGACUUUCAUUAUGGAAAAGUUUGUUGUUAUAAGCUGUAACGACAUGAAGCUCCAGUUAACAUCUGGACACUAAAGCAACCUUUUUCUCUCUUCACCUUCUCCUCUUCUUCCUUUUCUAGUUUCUCUUUCACAUGUUGCUUUCCUCUCAGGUAUGCUGAAGAGAAGCUUCUGAGCAGAGAGGAUGGGCUGUUCUUUGUUCUUCUCUCUUGAAAAUAUAAUUCUUCUUUGUCCUAUGGAUCAUCCAACCUUUUGAUCCCAGGAUUAGAGAUGGCAGAAUAGUGUGAUGACGGCUGGUUUCAUAGGCUUUCUGUUCCCCCCUCCCUGGCCUGGGGGGGAAUAAGUGGGGAGCUGCUCUAGUCCCUGCUGUAAUCCUGGUCAUCAGGCUGCUCCCUGGUCCGAGUUUACCUCUGGGUGUGGACUGGAAGAGUUUAAUGCCUCCUUUGCCCAUGUCUUUUCCUGCUCCCCACCUCGAGCCUCUACAGCAAUCGUAUAAGACUUUGGGCUUUGCACAACUUCACUUCUCUGCUGUGGCGACAAUUAAAGUGAUUCUGUGACUGCAUCUGGAGAACCAUGUGGGUCAGGUUUCUUUUCCUGAGCCUGGAAAAAUCUAGGGCCUGGUUUGAGGGUCUGCUGGAAGGUGGUGUAGUCCAUGACAGAACAUGUGCUGGGUGAGGAAAACACUCUUUUUCUUGACCCUUCUCUUCCUUUUUCUCUUUCCUCCCAUCUUUACUACCUGCCUUUUUGCUUGGC